UGGGAGGAGAAGUGACGUCAUCGUUACAAAACUAACCUGAAACCUUAGCUGAUGAUCAGCCACAGGGCGCAUAUUUUCGACAAACAGUGAUGAAGCUGAUUUUGCAUAGUAAAUUACCUUUGGCUCGUUUUUGGUAGCUGCCAGUUGAGAUGCUGAGUCAUCUUAUCAAGUUUGCCGUAGAAGGCUCCGCGGUGUUCGAUUCCUUGAGUCCUAAUUCCUUUUACGUGGACGGUGAAGAUGAUCCCAGCGAAAGCGAGGAAGUUUUGUUCUGUAAAAACAAUGUUUGCGUCCAUUCUUCUUCUUUAGAUGACUCUCAUUCGCCAGGAUACUUUACUUUGAAAUCCAUCACUCAUCGAAGUGGACUCGUUCGUUUGUUGGUUACAUGGACACCGAAUACUUACUUUUGUGAUGAACAGCUGAAAAUAGGUGAUCGUCAGUUACACGAUCGGGAGACGGAGAAACUACAACUUUCCAAACUUUCUAGAAGCACAGAGAAGUUCAGUGUAGAUCUCAACGAAAUGAAAAGUGUUAGGUUAUUUAAUAUACAGGAAGAUGACACGCGUGGCCAAUUAGUGAUCGGGAACUAUGAAAACCACUACAAGGUAUUUCACUUUCAUCAUGGUGGACUUGAUCGCAUCACUCAGGUUUUGCAGCUGUGGUUUGCAGAGGAUGUAAAUCCUCUUGAUGAAGGGGAUCUUCGAAAGAAAAGUUUUACCGUUGUUUCGAAACGAAAUCUUACAAAACACUUCCAUCCGGAAGAAGGUAGAUUUGACCCGAUGACCGUUCUAACAUGGAAAAAAUUAUUUGAUGAUCGUGGUCGAAUGGAAGACGUGGUGAAUUUUCGUAAGGCCACAUUUUUUGGUGGACUGAGUCCUGAGGUAAGAAGAGAAGCCUGGAAAUUCCUCUUACAUUAUUUUCCUUUUGGUUCAUCAAUCCAACAAAGACAAGAUCUACAGAAAGACAGAGAAAGAGAAUACUUAAAUAUCCAAGUCUCUAGACAAGAGAGGAACCAAGAUGAAAAGUACAAAUUCUGGAAGGCUGUGGAAUGUAUUGUUGACAAAGAUGUCAUCCGCACAGAUAGAUCACAUCCAUACUUUGCUGGCAAUGAUAAUCCAAAUGUUAUCAUUAUGAGGAACAUACUCUUAAAUUAUGCAACACAUAAUCCUCGGGUCGGAUAUAAUCAAGGUAUGUCCGACCUACUAGCAACUGUGCUAGCUGUGGUUCAAGAUGAGGUUGAUGCAUUCUGGUGCUUUGUUGGUUUGAUGGAAAGGAGUGUGUUUGUGACAUCACCUAAGGAUGAUAUUAUGGACAGCCAACUGUGUUACUUGCGGGAGCUGUUACGUCUCCUACUUCCUCGAUUUUAUGCACACUGUUUACUACAAGACGAUGCUAUGGACAUGUUAUUUUGUCACCGCUGGCUUCUUCUCUCCUUUAAACGAGAAUUCUUCAAUGAAGAAGUUUUGAAAAUGUGGGAAGCUUGUUGGUCUCAUUAUCAAACCAAGUACUUCCAUAUUUUCUUGUGUGUCGCCGUGGUUCAGGAAUAUGGAGGCCCUGUUGUUGACCAGAAUAUGUCAGCAGAUGAUAUGUUGCAAUUUUUUACGGAUCUAUCCAUGAAGAUGGAUGGAUCAAGGGUUUUACGCAUGGCACGUCAGUCUUUACUAAAAUUUCGCCAGUUACCUGGAAUUCCUUGUUCAUUGCGUAGACUUUUGUCAGGACCAGGAAUCUGGGACAGUGCUCCUUUGCCGGAGAUUGAGUGUAGCUGUCUGAAUAGUUGUGUUUAUUUACAUGAAGAAUCAAAACUUUGUAAAUGAGAGAGUUGCUGGCAAAAUAAUGCAACGUGUGGAGCAAAAGAAAAUGUUUUCGGAGGAGAUUAGGUCAAAUCUCAAUGGACUGACUUGCUAGACUAAUGUGGCGGCUAUUUCAUUUGCUUUCGUGAACACAGCCUUGAAAUUAUUUGGAAACAAUUUAAAUACCAAAUCGUAGUUUUAAAGAAUAUAUUGUUUACCGUGUGAAAAUCUAUUUGGUGCUUUGUCAGCAUUUUCUUUUACAUCCAAACACAGGCAAGUGUUUUCAAAGAGAAGAGGAAAGAAAAGUUUUACUCAAAAUUCAAAUGUGUAUCUAAAUGGACAGCAGUAAGAUACUUCGAAUUAAAAAGUAUACUUAGUGCGUUAGGCCAUGAUCUUGGAGACUUGAGUGAAGUAGAAAAAAAAUAUAUGAAUAAAUACAAGAAUCUGGGGAUGGUUGUUCUCUUGGACAGGGGGACCCUAUGAGAAAUUAGCUAUUAACUGGGAUCAGUCAUUGAAGGAAAAUUCCCCUAACCAUCAAUGUGUCUAUCAAUAGAUCGUGGUCAGAAUUUUCAUACAAUGCCUUACUUUAGAAGCAUUUAUCAUUCCUUACAGUGCUGUUGCCUUGAAGGGAAAAGUCCAGGAAGCCUAUUUAAUGUGUAAUUUAGUGCGGUGUGUUUGUUUAAAAAAUUACGAAAGACUUAAACAGUAAACAGAUGUGCUGCUACCUCCAGAGGUUAAGUUUUUCUUUUUUCUUGCAUUGGCUGCUAGGGAUUCAAUAUGAUUCAAUCAAGUGCUUUAUCCAAACUAUAAAUUAAAGGGCGGCUCCUGCCAAUUUUUAUCA